AUGUCCUACCUCCAGCCCCCUGGCCGCGACCUGGAGCGCUUCGAUGGGCUUUCUCUCAUUUACUGGACACUCAUGGGACCAUAUGGGAUGGAUCGAACUGUGCAUUGCUUUGAUUUCUACGACUGUGCAAAUGGGCUGGGUAUUAAGGUCAUCGGUGGCAUCAAGGAACUCACGGGGGAAGAAUAUGGAGUUUAUGUCAAGAGGAUCCUUCCGGGGGGUGUUGCUUACGCAGACGGGCGCCUGCAGCCAGGAGACCAGAUCCUGGAGGUCAAUGGAGAUUCCUUAAUUGGGGUUACAAGCGAGAGGGCUGUGGACAUCCUGAGGACAGCAUCAGCCACCAGCCACAUGCACCUUCUUAUAGCCCGCGAUGACGAUGCCAGGAGAGAGUUCUCUGAGCUUCUGGAGAAGUUCGGCUCCCAGAGCAAUACGGGCUCAGCGCGGAGCUCACCAAUCCUGCACGGUGGCAGUCGAUACCUGGAAAGUACAUCCUCGGGCUCCUCCUCACGCUCCCAGAGCCCACUGCUGCUGAGCCCCGCCAAUUCCCAGGGCCCCUGCAUCGGGAACCCGGCGCACCCCCCUCACGCACACUACUCCACUGAAUCAGGAAUCCAGAGCAUUUCUAUAGCAAAAUCCUCCGGCUUAGGGCUGACAAUCAGUGGUGGAUCCAACAGGCCUGAUGGCCCCAUGAUUUAUGUUCAAGAGCUUAUGCCAGAUGGUGACUGUUACAAGGAUGGUCGGCUCCGACCUGGUGACCAACUAAUUGCUAUCAAUAAAGAUUCUUUGGUGGGCAGCACACAUGAAGAGGCCAGAAAAAUAAUUGCAAAAGCCAAAUUCAGAAUAGACGUGAAAAUCAUUUUCCUGUGCCUUCUUUGUCACCGGACAUUUGCCCACCGGAGCUUACAGUCUCAGGUUCUGCAGUAUCUUGGUCUGGAUGUGAGCGAGGAGAAGAAGAGGCAGUUACGGCAAAGCUUGACCACAGACUCACAGGGGACGGUGGCCUAUGGAGAUCUUCUCCAAGCACUCAGGGAUGUGAUGCAGGAGGAGCUGGAUGAGGCUGGUCUGGAUUCCAACUCCAUACUCUUCACGCAGCACGAAGUAGCCAGUUUGCUGGAUACAUCAGCUUUUCACUCUCCGAUCUUCGACUCUCUCAACUGUAAUGGCAAUGCGGAGCUGGAGCAGCUGCAACUGGAAAUGAUGGAUCUGCGGCAAGAAGUCCGAAGGCUAAAGUCUCUCCUGAAAGAGGUGGAGAACAGCAAGAAGUCAAUGGAAGAUGAGCUUCAGAGACUGAACCAGAAAGCACUGGGGUUCCUCUCCGAGAACCGGACGCUGCACAGCAAGCUGCAGAUGGCAGAGGUCGUGCAGAGACAGGCUCACAGUGCAGAGCAGGACUACGAGGAAGUGAUCCACUUGCUGGAAGCUGAAAUUGCAGAACUGAAGAUACAGCUGGCGGGGAAGAAAGCAAAACAUGUCUCUGAAAUAGAGGAGGACAUCCUGGAACUGAAAAGACAGUUGUCCCUGGCUGACGGCCAGUUACGAAAAUCAGAAGUCUCACGGAAGCGCCUGGAGAUCUGCAAUAGGAAACUGCUCCUGUUUGUGCAGGUGAAGUGCUGA